UCUUUCGGGCCGUAACCGCGUACGUAAUGGGAGUAAUGCCACUCUAGCCUCUCCGGCCAACAAUCAGGCAGCACGAGGGAGUUCUUCUCAUCAUUCAAUAUUCCCCGUCCAGAUCGGAUCACGGAAUACUCAGCUCCUGCUAGGUUCCUACUGCGAUUAUCCGGGUUGAGCAGGUUCUUACCCCUUCGUUUCUUGUGGUGACCACCCCCUCGUGCGGAAUACCGGAAAAAAAAACAACCCAAGCUGUGAGCUCCAGUACGCACCUCCUGUAUUAUACAAUAUACAAAACAGCCAUGGCCAGCACAACGCCGUACUAUGCGCACGACGACCUGCGCGACGAUGAAUCGAUUCUGGAUGAUGAUGAUGAUGAUGUAAUUGAGGCCGAUGAUGCUCUUGAAGCCGAUGACCCUCUACAUGAUACAGAUAGAACCCCCCUGACGGGCAACAUUCAAACCGAGUCUUCGAGUUCUCGCGGCGGCAACAUCACCGGAAACUAUUUGACCUCUCAAAUCCCCGGCGAGGACCGCCAUGCGGGCCAAAAUACAAUCGACGAGAGCGUCUGGCAGACACUCUCGAGGGACUUGUUGGCUGUCUGGGAGAAGAUGCGCCAGGUGUUGUGGCCCAAGUAUUUGAUUGGCGGCAUGUUGCAGCGCCGUGGGGGAGGGAUCGGAGCUGCGGAACGAGGAGAAGCCUCUGGGUUUGGCAGUGGUGUGAGAGAUAUUCUUGGACGUUGGCCUGACGCUGAUGUUGUCCUGCAAGGCGGGAUGAGCGAGGGCUUGCGCGAUUGGGAUCUUUGGGGUCCGCUUAUUUUCUGCUUAUUGCUGAGCAUGUUUCUUUCCAUUGCCAAAGGUGAGCAGUCGGAUCUGGUGUUCUCCGGAGUCUUCUCUCUCGUGUGGAUCGGAGAGGCGGUGGUGACGUUGCAAAUUAAGUUACUGGGAGGGAACAUCUCGUUCUUCCAAUCGGUUUGCAUUAUCGGCUACACGCUCUUCCCUCUGGUUAUCGCCGCCCUCCUUAGUGCGCUUGGUCUUCCCACAAUCGCACGCAUACCUGUUUAUCUUGUCUUGAUCGCGUGGUCUUUGGCAGCAGGCGUGAGCAUCCUGGGCGGCUCGGGGGUUGUGCGAAACAGGGUGGGUAUUGCGGUUUACCCUCUCUUUGUCUUUUAUAUCGCGCUCGGAUGCCUCUGUUUCAUCAGUUAAAGAGAGCUGCGAGAAUGUGGUGAAUGGAAUAAGGAGGAGAGCUGGGCUGUAAGGCUGGUUCGAGCCUUUGUUUGAUCUCAUGUUAAUGUGAUUCUAUUUCUCUUCUUCUUGCUUUCUUUAUGGUAUUUUGCAUUCUUCAUGUAUUAGACCUUUGGCCGUACCACGAUAUCCAAUGGAACCAAUGUAGUUUGCCUCG